AGCUGCGUGAUUCUUCUUGACCUCAUGUGUGAUAACUACAGUAACUAUUUGAAUUUAAGCUUUAAUCUUCUUCUAUAUCUCCUUGAGAGUAUUUACCCAAUCAAUUCGUGCAAGUUUUUGUUAGUUCGGCUAAAAUCUUUUGAUCAUUGUAUUUCAAUCAUGAUUGCUUUGGGGUAAUUUUGUUGUGUGCGCUACUGUAUAGAAUUGUUAAAAGCAAACAAUCUUUCCUUUCUUGAAGUACUUAACUUUCUUUUUUUUAUUAUUUUAAAUGUUGUUUGUCCAGCAAAAUCCGACAUUCAGAAACUUAAAGAAGAAACAGAGCAGAUGAUGACUGCAAAAGGACAAAUAUGCUCUCAGAUAUUGGACAAACAGAGAAAGUCGCUUCUUUGGAAUCUGAUUGUCGCACACUGACACAGACUUUGGAGCUGGUUCACCAAGAAAGAGUAAGCUUAUUGGCCAAACUAGUUGAGAAAAGCACAUAUUAUGCCAAGGUUGCUCAGGAUAUCAAUGUCAAAUUCCAGCAGCUACAAGGAUGGCUUAACUGUCGCAUACUGAGCUCAGACACAGAAGUGCGUGACUUGGUCAAGGAAACAAUGGAUGAAGAAAAGGUUGCAGCUGUAGCAAGAGGCAAACUUUCCAAUCACCUGCUUACUGAUAACGUGAACAAUGAAGCAAGCAAGGAACUGACCUUCAGUGUGGAUUCUGCGACAGCAAAACUUGACGAGAUCAAAAGAACGAAAGCUAAGCUAGCUGCAGAAAAUUCUGCAAUGAAGCAGCGAAUUGAGCAAAUGAAAAGCCAGUCAAAUGAAUUCCAGGAAGAGCUAAGGGCAAUGGAUGUUAAGACCUUGGAAAGGGAACAAAAAGCUCUUUUAGCAGAUAUUGUUGGGGAAACCGAGUUCCUGAAAUCUCUGCAGAAUCAAAUCGAGAAACUGAAGGGAAUAUCACAGCUCGCGAAGUGCGCCUGCGGACAGGAGUACAAGAUAGAGUUAGAUGCUUGUGUGUGAACAGGAAAAGAAAGCAGCCAGAACAUCGGAUACUCGUAGUUUUAACUACUGACUAGCCUAGUAAUAUGAUACUAAACUGGAAUGACAAGUCGCUCGAGAGUAAGUUGCAUUAAUAUAACAAAGAGUGAAAAAGAAAGGAA